GCACAUGUGCCUUUGUGUAUAUAUAUAUUAUAACAUUUGAAGCUAAACUCCAGCUUUGCUGAUUAUUUCUGCACUCUAUCACUGUAUUAGAUGUUUAAGAAUUAAUAGGCUAUAUGUUUUUUUCUAUUUUGUUCAAUGAUUUACUUUAAGAUGAAUGUAUCUGUUAAAGAAAAUGUGUGUUAACGUGUUUGAUGUAAAUAAGUGGGCUGGACGUUCAUGUGACUGAAGGACGAAACAUGCAGAACAUGUAUGAUUUCUUCAGUGUCUCUAUGAGAGACAACACUGAUAUUUUAAGGAACAAACCACCACAGCAAUCAAGACAAUAUAAUGCAUGGAGAGACUUCACACGAGGUCUUCAAUAUCAGCUAUGAUUAUGACAUCAACUACACAUAUGAGGAAUAUUAUCCUUUGGUUACAUUAGAGGAGAAUAUUUUUUCAUUUAGGAUAAUCAACGCCAUUUGCUACAUGCUCAUCAUCUGCAUCAGUCUACCCGGAAACAGCUUUUUGCUUUGGGUGGUCUUGAAGAAAGUGGGUUUGAGCAGCUCUGCUGAUUGUUUACUCCUCCAUCUGACAGUGUCCAACCUCAUCUUCACCUUCACAUUGGUUCCCUGGACCGUCAAUCAUAUUUGGGGAUGGAUUUUUGGAAAUCUGGCCUGCAUGCUGUUCACCUGGUGCAUCUUUUUGGGCCUGUACAGCUACAUGAUGUUCCUCACAGUCAUGACGGUCCAUCGAUACGUGGCGGUGGUGUAUCCGGUGUUCGCUUCAUCUGUAGGGAAUCGUAGCAGAAUUUACAUGCACAUCUCGUCUGCUGUGGCGUGGUUGAUCUCUGUGGGCUUCAGUCUGCCUGAAAUGAUCUUCUCUGGAACUGUGGAUGGACCUGAUGGCGUAUUUUGUGUUCCCAACUAUAACUCAAUGUUUGUGGAGUUGUUUGGAUAUUUCACACAGAUAAUUGUCUUUUUCCUGCUGCCGUUCCUGGUUAUUGUGUUCUGCUACACACGGAUGGGUUUCGCCAUCCUUCAGAGUCGCAUGCGAGGCAGAAAUCACGCCAUAUGCAUCAUCCUAAGCAUCGCCGUGGGAUUCUUCAUCUGCUGGGCACCGUAUAACAUCUUCCUCUUCCUCUUCUCCUUGAGGUCUCUAGGUGUUUUUGCGUUGAGUGAAAACGUUUUGGAGAUCAUCUACUGCAUCACUCACGUUCUAGCGUAUUCCCACUGCUGUCUGAAUCCGCUCGUCCACAUCUUCGGAGGGAAGAAGUUCAGGAAUUACCUGCCAUGGAGCAGAGGUUUCCGUCGGCUCUCGCAGAGGUUCAGCAUGCAAACGUUUAGCAACCCCAGCAGCCUCUCGGGCCAGUUUCAUCUCUGAUCUUGUCAAAGGUCAUGAUAUCAUUUUGUUGCAGCUCCAAAGCGGGUCACAUGAUGUUUACAGUGCAGAUGAUGGGCUCAAAAAUUUCCCAAGUUAUUGAGAUGAAUGACAGAUUGAUUUAUUAAUCAAGCAACAAAAUGCAUGUGCCAAAUUCUUGGAAAUGUGAUCUAAAUGGCAUUCAUGUUGGUUUCAUAUUUAUUUAUUUAUUUUAGUUUAAUUAAGUGGUGUAACUAUCAAGUAAAAAAAUACAUUGGCCUGAAAACAUGAAUACUCACAGCCCUUAAUAAUUAUUUGCAAAAAUAUAUUUUAAAAUGUUUUUGUGGUUAUUCCAUUUGACAUUAAACAGUUGGAAUGUCAUAAAAAGAUAAAGUGUCUACAAAUAUAUAUAUAUAUGUAAAAACAGCCAUGAGGUUCUACAGUGUUUUCCUGUUUUAUGGUUUUUCCUGUUACAUGAUAAGCGUUUUGUGAAUGUUUAUUUAAAAAAAAAAAAAAAAAAUGUUUUUUGAAUAUUUUCUGAAAGAAAAAAAAAAGGGUUGUAAGCAAAAAGUAGCUGAAUAUUUUCCUUAAAACAUGUACAAA